ACGCAAGCUCAGCGGACGCGAGCUCAGCGGCUGAGACCUAGAAAAACCGUUGGGAGCAGGAGGCUGCGCAAAGGCUGCGAAGUUUCUGAAAGCCCGUGAAGUUUUUGCGUCGUCGAGAGGGUCGGAGGGGCAGCUGACCAUGGCCGGGGCCGUAGGGCCCAGGGGGUCGGCCGCCCUCAGCGACUUUAAGUUUGGCGCUGUGGACACGCAGACGAUCGAAGACACCCUGCUCCACCUGGCCCAGGAGAAUGAGAGGGCGGUGCGGGAAGCCCGGGGACAGGCUGGCAGCUUCAGGGAGACCCGGAUCGUGGAGUUUGUUUUUCUCCUGUCUGAACAAUGGUGCUUGGAAAAAUCUGUGAGCUACCAGGCAGUAGAAAUCCUAGAAAGGUUCAUGGUUAAGCAAGCAGAAAGCAUCUGCAGCCAAGCAGCACCUGUGCUGAGAGAGAGUGAGAAAGCAGAGCUGUGGAGCUGGAGGGCCCGGAAAGAAGAGCUCUGCAGUACGUUUGUACUUCGACUUGUGUCAUGUGUUCAGCUGGCAAGCAAACUUUCCUUCCACUACAAAAUAGUCAGCAAUGUUACAGUCCUGAAUUUCCUCCAGGCCCUAGGGUACCUUUAUACUAAAGAAGAACUACUGGAGUCAGAACUUGCCAUUCUGAAGUCUUUAAACUUCCAAAUCAAUCUACCUACUCCUCUGGCAUAUGUGGAGAUGCUCCUAGAAGUUUUAGGGUAUAAUGGCUGUUUGGUCUCAGUCAAACGGCUACAUGGAACCUGCCUGACAUUACUUGAUAUGGUGUAUCUCCUGCAUGGUCCCAUCUAUGAAAGCCUGCUGAGGGCAUCAAUUGAGAACUGUACACCCAUGGAGCAGGGGAGAAAAUUUGUAUCCGUGAAAGAAGACUUUAUGCUUUUGGCAGUUGGGAUCAUUGCAGCCAGUGCUUUCAUCCAAAAUCAAGAGUGGUGGGGCCAGGUUGUGGAACACUUACACAGCAUUACCAGUAUCGCCACUGAGAGCAUUGCUGAGUUUUCAUAUGCAAUCCUGACUCAUGGGGUAGGAGCCAGCACCCCAGUUCGACAGCAACCUGGUCUGCACCACCUGGCAGCCAGACCAUUGAGGGCUGCUGCCACCUGCAACAUAUAAACCUGAGUUUCCAGAUUAUCAUCAGACUCCAGGUCAUGACCCUUCUCCACCCCCACCCCUCCAAUCUGUUUAAUCUUGCAUAACCUAGUAUAGAAAAAAGUCCGAAGUAUCUCAUGUCUUUCAAGUUUGAUUUUAUAUUACCAUUUUCUGUUUGCUGCUCUUCAGAGAAAGGGUUUAGGUGGAUAUAUUUUAUUCUUUGCAGCCUCCAUAAAAAUAAAAGGGGGAGAAAUGCUAGGCUGGAAU